AUGCAUCUGCUUGCUGAAGCAACUACGAAUUUCACACUUGAGCUGUACCAGCAGCUCAGAGAAACAGAGGACAACAUCUUCUACUCCCCAGUCAGUAUCAUGACAGCAUUAGCAAUGCUCCAGCUUGGAGCCAAAGGAAACACUAGACAACAAAUCGAGAAGGCUCUUCAAUUCAGUGGAGCCACGAAGAAGACAACAGAAAAGUCUGCAGACUGUCAUGAUGAAAAGUCUGAAAAUCUCCAUCACCAAUUUCAAAAGCUUAUGACUCAGUUAAACAAAUCCAAUGAUGCUUAUGAUCUGAAGGCAGCCAAUAGUAUCUAUGGAGCAAAGGAUUUCCCAUUUCUCCAGGAAUUUUUGGAAGAUAUUAAUAAAUUUUACCAUGCCAAUGUGGAAUCACUUGACUUUGCACAUGCUGCAGACCAAAGCCAAAAGAAGAUUAAUUCUUGGGUGGAAAGCCAAACAAACGGAAAAAUCAAAGACUUAUUUCCUGAUGGGAGCCUGAGCAGUAGCACUAUACUGGUUCUGGUGAAUGCAGUGUAUUUCAAAGGACAAUGGGAUCACAAAUUUGAUGAAAAGCAUACUGGAGAAGAAAACUUUUGGCUGAACAAGAAUACUAGUAAACCUGUCCAGAUGAUGAAACAAAAAAGCAAGUUUAACUUUAACUUGCUGGAGGAUGUGCAGGCCAAGAUUGUGGAAAUACCAUACAAAUGCAAAGAGCUAAGCAUGUUUAUUCUACUACCAAAUGAAAUCGAUGGUCUGAAGAAGCUUGAAGAUGAGCUCACUGCUGAUAAGUUAAUAGAGUGGACAAGCCCACAGAAUAUGGACAUGAUAGAGUUGUAUUUAUCCUUACCACGAUUCAGAGUGGAGCAGAAGUAUGACCUCCCGGCUCCAUUGGAGCACAUGGGGAUGGUGGAUGCCUUCAAUGCACAGAAAGCCGACUUCUUGGGCAUGAGCAGCAGGGAAGGCCUCGUGGUGUCUCAAGUUUUACACAAGUCCUUUGUGGAGGUGACUGAAGAGGGGACAGAAGCUGCAGCUGCCACAGGGGUAGAAGUUGCUCUAACAUCCGCAUUAAUAAGUGAAGAUUUCUCUUGUGAUCACCCUUUCCUAUUCUUCAUCAAGCAAAACAAGACCAACAACAUCCUCUUCUUCGGCAGAAUGUCUUCCCCUUAG